GGUCGCAUCGGAGUUGAGAACUCGAAGUAAAGGUGAACGAAGAAUUCGAUAAAUACAAUUGAAUAGUUUUGAAUAUGUUGCGGUGAUUUUUGGAUUUGCAUACCGGUUUUCGAUAAGCGAAUUCAUUAAAACAUGUUAUGUUCAAAUAUCGAGAAGUGUUCCAAAGUGCGAAACAAACAAAUUUAACAACAAAUGUCCAAAGCGAAUCACAAACGUGAGAGACACAAUAAAUGUAUAAAGUGUGCAAAUAUGAAGUGAUAUAAAACACAUAUAAAGCAACCAAUUAUAUAUUUUCUUAUCAGUGUUAACCCCAAAAAACUAACGACAAUUCGCAUAAACAAACACCAUUAAGGAAACGUUAAUAAAACAACAUAGUGUAAAAAAAGUUUAGCAACCGCGAAAACGACUUACGAAUUUUCACAACAACUUGAUGUUUUGUAACGGAGUUUCAAGAAACUGGUAAAAAAAAACUUUAUUGUGAAUUCUUCUGCUGCUUCUCCUUUGCAAGUGCGGCAAAAAUUUUGUGGCUCUGCGGAUUUAUUAAGAACAUCAACUCCCGAUUCUGGGCAGCUCACUUCUAACGCUGGAGUCAUCACUGGAAACCCAUUAACUGAAACACCAACAUAGUACGUAGUAUGCGUCUCUUCAAAGCGCGCAAAUCCACGGAUACCUACAGCACACUAGCCGCGCAACAGCAACAGCAGCAGCAGCAGCAACAUCAAGCCGCCGACAGCAGCAACAUUUCCCACAGCGGCAACAUCAGCAGCAGCAGCAGCAACAAGACACACACACCGGCAACAUGCAGCAACAGACUGAACAAGAGCAUUGUGAGCAGCACCAGCAUAUCGUCAUCGCUGCCUGAUCUGCAUGACAAGUCGCCCGUCAUGAUCCUCAGCUGCACCACCCUGGCCAGCAAUGGAGCCACCGCCACGACAGCGGUCACAGCAACAGCUGCCGGCACUGCAGCAACAUCUGCCGGCGCGCUGCAGCAGCAGCACCAGCCACACCAACAGCAGCAGCAUCUGCAACACCAGCAGCAGCCGUUACGCACGGCCACGCCCACGUGUCUGCUAAGUGGCCGGCAGACGCCAUCGGCCAUAUCGGUGAUGUCGCUCCAAGAGGCCACCAGUCUGCACCGCCAGCAGCAGCAACAUCAGCAGCAGCAGCAACACCAGCCACCCACCAUCUACGUGCCGGUGGCAACGAAACUUGGCAGCAAUGUCAACACUGGCAACAGCUCGGCUACACUGCUGCUCAGCUAUGGCAGCACCAGCAGCAUCGCCAGCCUGCAGCAGCAGCAGCAGCAACAUGCCGCCCAGUACCAGCAGUAUGUGGCACAGCGACUGCACGCCGCUUCCAGCAGUUGCUUGUACGAGAAGGGGGCGGCUGCCGGCGCGGGGGCGGGCAGCAACAAGAGCAGCCGAUCCCUGACCCCAAAUGGUCACCUGCCCGACUACAAACUGGUGACGGCGAUGCCAGUUGUUGUCCUGGACGAUGAGCACAAAUCCAAUUCGUUGCCACCGAAUGAAGCCAGUCGCAACAGCAACAUCAGCAGCAGCAUGAACAGCAGCAGCAACAUGAACGGCAGCAGCAACAGCAACAGCCUUGACGUCAGCAACAGCAACUCGCAUUCGGGGAGCUCCACUUCUUUGGCCAGCACCACGAGAAAUGUUUUCACCUGGGGCAAGCGCAUGAGUCGCAAACUGGAUUUGCUGAAGCGAAGUGACUCGCCCGCCGCCGCCCACAAAUCGCAUUCGGAUUUGAGGAGUCUGUUCCACUCGCCAACGCACCACAAGAGUGGAUCCGGUGGUUCCAGCGGACCCAGUUCGGCGAAGGCCUCGCCCUCACCCACUGGCGGCCAUCAGAGCAGCUCCGGCUCCACGACCAGCACCCUCAAGAAGUGCAAGUCGGGGCCCAUCGAAACCAUCAAGCAGCGACACCAACAGCAGCAGCAGCAGCAAUCGGUCCAGGAUGUGGGCACGGGACAGAGCCAGAGUGCUCAGUCCACGCCCACGCAUCAGUUCCAGGCGGCUGCCCGCCCACAGAAAGCGCUAAAGAACUUCUUCCAUAGGAUCGGGUCCACCGGCAUGCUGAACCAUCGCUCCCACAAUCUCCUUAAGGCCUCGGAGGCGGCUCAACAGGCCACCCCGGCAGCCACCACAUUGUAUAGGAGCAGCUCCACCAGCCAGCUGUCCAGCAGCUCCUACGUGAAGUGCGACGAUCCCACCGAGGGUCUGAACCUCCAGAGGGAGCAGCGCGAGCAGCGUCUGCCGCGGAUCGCCAGCCUCAAGUCCAGUAGCUGCGAUGACAUAGCCAAGGUGAGCAGUUGCCUGACGGCCAGUACAAGUAGUGGCAGUGCUGCCGGCAGUUUGGCAUCUCCACCGAGUGGUGCAGCAGCUGGCGGAGGCGGAACUGCAACCAGUGGCCAACACGAUCCCUCGCGUCGUGGCGCCUUUCCUUACGCCUUCCUGCGAUCACGUCUCUCCGUUUUGCCCGAGGAGAAUCACGGAAAUGUACCAGGACACCUGAAGCAACAAAUACAGCGGCAGCGGGAGCAGCACCAACAGCAUCAGAGGGAACUCCUCCAGCAGGAGCAGACAUCGUCGCCUCUUCCCCAGCGCCGAUCCCCCGAACAGGCGAUGCUGAACAAUGUGUCACGCAACGACAGCAUCACCUCCAAGGACUGGGAACCACUUUACCAAAGAUUAAGUAGUUGUCUAAGUUCAAACGAGUCCGGCUACGACAGCGAUGGGGGUGCGACGGGAGCCCGGCUGGGCAAUAAUCUGAGCAUCUCCGGCGGAGAUACCGAAUCUAUUGCCUCGGGCACACUGAAGCGCAACUCGCUCAUCUCCCUCAGCUCCUCGGAGGGCGUGGGAAUGGGCAUGGGUCUGAGUCUCGGCAUGGGGGCCCCAUCGACGAGGAACAGCAGCAUCUGCAGUGCUCCCGUGUCGCUGGGUGGCUACAACUACGACUAUGAGACGGAGACGAUACGGCGACGAUUCAGGCAGCUGAAGCUGGAGCGCAAGUGCCAAGAGGACUACAUCGGGAUUGUCCUGUCGCCCAAGACGGUGAUGACCAACAGCAAUGAGCAGCAGUACAGGUAUCUCAUCGUGGAACUGGAACCCUAUGGCAUGGCCCAAAAGGAUGGCCGCCUUCGCCUGGGCGACGAGAUUGUCAACGUGAAUGGAAAACACCUGCGAGGCAUUCAAUCCUUCGCAGAGGUGCAACGCCUGUUGAGCAGCUUUGUGGACAACUGCAUCGACCUGGUGAUUGCUCACGAUGAGGUGACCACGGUAACGGAUUUCUACACCAAAAUCCGUAUCGAUGGCAUGAGCACGCAGCGCCACAGGCUGAGUUAUGUGCAGCGCACUCAAAGCACAGACAGCCUGAGCAGCAUGCAGAGUCUGCAGCUGCAGCAGGAGAGGAUGCAGGGUCACAAUACGGAGCAGGAGCAGGAGGCCCAGGGCGAGGAUCAGUGCGAUGCGCGUUCAAUGGCCAGCGUCAGCACAAUGCCCACUCCGAUGCCGCUGAUGCAGCAUCGCCGGAGCUCCACGCCCAGGCACUCGUUGGAUGUCGGCGGACCGGAGCAUGAGCUCCUCAGGAGACGGGCACGCAGCUCCUCAGGUCAGCGCAGCUUGGCUCUAACACCGACCCCACUCUUUGCCAGCGGCAGCAGCAGCUGCUCCUCCUCCCCUAACCACCGGUUGCUGGAUAACGAGAAAGACCCUGCUAACGACACCGAUUCCUAUACGCCAGUGUAUGCAAAUCGGGCGGCAAGCGUGUGCGUGGCCUCCUCCCUGGCGGACGACGAGAAGUGGCAGUUACUGGCACGGAAGCGUUGCUCGGAGGGUUCCGCCCUAUCAACUACAUCCAACCCGCAGCAGUUUGGCCAGCGCACUCACUACGCCAGGAACUCCAUCAAUCUGGCCAACUCGCACUACCGCUCGCUCCGAUUUGCCCACUCGCGGUUGAGUUCGUCGCGCCUUAGUCUGUUCAUGCAGGCGCCGCCUAACAGCCUAACCGUCGGGGAGGGAGUCGCUAACACCCCAUCCUCUACAGCUACCACAACCACUGAUCUCACUAACCAGCAGCAACAGCAGCCAAACCAGCAACAGACACACCAAUCACUGUACAUCAAGCACUCGCCAAAGAGCGUCUCAUUGUUCUCGCCUAAUCCCUAUGUUAACGCCUCAUCCUCACCAGCUUCGGCAUCCACAUCAGCGAGUGCCAGCUCUUCCCUGGCCCCGCCAGCCGCUGCCCUAAUGCAUCACAGGCCAUCGCUACCGGUGGCCAAGCUAACAAUACGCGACGAGGAAAUGGCGGAGGUUAUCCGUGCGUCGAUGAGCGAGGGUAGUGGUCGUUGCACCCCGAAGACUAUAACCUUCUUCAAGGGACCCGGACUGAAAUCGUUGGGCUUCAGCAUAGUGGGAGGUCGAGACUCGCCCAAGGGCAACAUGGGUAUCUUCGUAAAGACUGUGUUUCCCUCAGGUCAGGCAGCCGAUGAUGGCACACUGCAGGCGGGCGACGAGAUUGUGGAGAUCAAUGGAAACUCUGUGCAGGGCAUGAGUCAUGCCGAAACCAUAGGACUCUUUAAAAACGUAAGAGAGGGCACCAUUGUGCUCAAGAUCUUAAGAAGAAAAUUGCAGAAGGCAAAAUCAAUGGGUUGUUAGUGUAUACCCACAUUUGACUUAUUCCCGUGGUAAUACAUGAUUAUGGACAACCUACAUCGUUUAACCAAGUUAAAUGUUAGCUUCGCUAAUUAAGUGAAGCCUUUUUUGUAAUCGUACAAAGCCCCUUGCAAGAACUAUACUAAUACACAGACUCUAUUUAGAAACUAGAAUCCCAAAUAGCAUGUAAAGAAAUGUAUGGAGUUACAAUUUUAAAUUAUUUACCCAUUCUAGACUAGGCUAAGGCUCGAAACGUUGUACAAGUUCUAUUUACAUACAACCUUAAUAUAUUUACCUGAAAAGCAA